GAAAGUCUACAGCUUCAUUCAUCUGAGCGUUCAUGAGUUUCUCGCUGCUUUCUAUCUGUUUUACUGCUAUUUAAUGAAGAACAAGGAGCCACUGGAGUUUCUGGAUAAAAUAUUUAAACAACACAGUUUGAAUAAAGACUCUUUGUAUGAUCUACUAACAUCAGCAGUAGAUAAAGCUGUUGAGAGUGAGAAUGGACGUCUGGAUCUGUUCCUGCGGUUCCUGCUGGGCGUCUCACUGGAGUCCAAUCAGAGACUCUUACAGGAUCUACUGACACACACAGAGAACAGCUCCGAGACCAUCAGAGAAACCACACAGUACAUUAAAACGAAGAUCAAAAAUGAUGAUGUUGGUGAUUAUUUUAAACAUCCUCCUCUCUCAGCUGGUGAAUCCAUCAAUCUGUUCCUCUGUCUGCUGGAAGUGAAAGAUCAAACUCUGUCCAGAGAGAUUCAGGAGUUUGUGAAAUCAGACAAACACUCAGAGAAACUCUCUCCUGCUCACUGCUCCACAAUCUCCUACAUGCUUCAGAUGUCAGAGGAGCCGCUGGAUGAGAUUGAGCUCAAGAAAUACAACACAUCAGCUGAGGGGAGAAGAAGACUGAUACCAGCUGUGAUCAACUGCAGAAAAGCUCUAUUUUCUGGCUGUGAUCUCUCAAAUCAGCAUUGUAAAACUGUGUCUUCAGUGCUUCAAUCCUCAAACUCUGUCUUGAGAGAGCUGGAUCUGAGUAACAAUGACCUGCAGAAUUCAGGAGUGAAGCUGCUCUCUGAUGGACUGAAGAGUCCAAACUGUCAGCUGCAGAUACUGAGGUUGUCUGGCUGUAUGGUGACAGAGAAAGGCUGUGGCUAUUUGUCUUCAGUUCUGAGUUUAAACCCCUCACACCUGAGAGAGCUGGAUCUGAGCUACAAUCACCCAGGACAAUCAGGAGUCCAGCUGCUCAAACACAAACUGCAGGAUCCAAACUAUAAACUGCAGAUCCUCAAUGUGGAUCAUGGAGGAGAGAAGAUGAUGACAGCAGGACUACGAAAAUAUGCCUGUGAUCUCACACUGGAUCCAAACACAGCACACACUGAACUAAUUCUGUCUGAUGAGAACAGGAAGAUCACACGUGUGGAAGAUCAUCAGCCGUAUCCUGAUCAUCCAGAGAGAUUUGAUGAUGUUCCUCAGGUUCUGAGUGUUGAGAGUCUGACUGGACGCUGUUACUGGGAGGCUGAAUGGAGCGGAUAUAAGGCUGAAAUAUCAGUGUCAUAUAAAGGAAUCAACAGGAAAGGAGGGAGAGACUGUGAGUUUGGAUUCAAUGACAAAUCCUGGAGUCUGAUCUGCUCUAAUAACAGAUUCACUGUCUGGCACAAUAAGAACCUCACUCCUAUACCUACUGUCUGUUCAUCCUUUAACAGAGUAGGAGUGUAUCUGGACGCGUCGGCCGGCUCUCUGUCCUUCUACAGCGUCUCUGACACACACACACUCACACACUUACACACAUUCAGCACCACAUUCACUGAACCCCUCUGUGCUGGAUUUAGGACUUUUCAGUUUAAUUCCUCAGUGUCUCUGUGUGAUUUUCAACGAUAGAGAGACUCUCUGUAAAUCCUCUUUCUGACGCUCACAUGCACACAAACUCAUCAGAUCUCACAUCAUUACAUUUGU